AUGCCUCAAAGAGAUGUGGUUACAUGGACUGCAAUGACUACAGGAUAUGCACAAAAUUGGUUUGUUGAAAAGGCCUGGGGAAUUUUUAGGCAAAUGCAAUCGGCAAGUGUUAAUCCAGACCACACAACCUUUGCCAGCAUUCUCCCAGACUGUGCUAAAAUAGGGAGUUUGGAACAGGGCAUCGGUAUCAUUCAAAGUUUAAUCGAAAGUGUUUUUUCAUCAGAUGUAGUUGCAAGUGCCCUGGUAGACAUGUAUGCAAAAUGUGGAAGUAUGCUUAGAGUACGUGAAUUGUUUGACAAAAUGCCUGAAAGAAAUGAGAUCUCAUGGAAUGCUACGAUUGCAGGAUAUGUACAUAAUAGAUUUUGCAAGGAUGAUCUCGAACUCUUUGAACUAAUGAAGCACUCUAAGACCAAGUCUGACCGUGUAUGCUUCAUUUGUGUUUUAUUAGCAUACAGCCAUGCAGGUUUAGCAGACGAGGGCUGCAAAUGCUUCAAUUGUUUAAGUGACUAA